AUGGGAAGUAUCUCAUUCAACAAUAAAAGCCUACAUGCUAUUGGAAGUACACCUAACCCGUAUGAGAAAGCCAUCUCUAUCAUUGGCAAGACUCUGGCUCCGUUUGAUGAUGACAACUUGAUUCCUUGUUUUGGCUUUGGUGAUGCCACCACUCAUGAUCAAGAAGUGUUUAGCUUUCACAGUGAUCAUUCAUCUUGCCAUGGAUUUGAGGAAGUUUUGGCUUGUUAUCACAAAGUUGUUCCAAACUUAAGACUUUCAGGACCAACUUCUUACGCUCCAGUGAUUGAGGCUGCAAUAGACAUAGUUGAGCAAAGUCAUGGCCAAUUCCAUGUGUUAGUUAUUGUUGCAGAUGGCCAGGUUACGACAAGCGGUGACGAUGGAGAACUAAGUCCACAAGAAGCAAGAACUAUCAAAGCAAUAGCUGAUGCAAGUUCAUAUCCCCUGUCUAUUAUUCUGGUCGGAGUUGGUGAUGGACCUUGGGAUGACAUGAAGAAGUUCGAUGACAAGAUUCCGGUUCGCGACUUUGACAAUUUUCAGUUUGUUAACUUCACUGACAUAAUGUCUAAGAAAUCAAGCUCCUCUGAAAAAGAAGCUGCUUUUGCUCUGGCUGCUCUAAUGGAGAUACCUUUCCAAUAUAAAGCAGCCAUUGAACUAGGACUACUAGGUCGAGUAACAGGAAGGUCAAAUAAAAUUGUUCCGAGACCUCCUCCAGCUCCUUAUUCUAGGCUUGUGCCACCAGCUCGUGUUCUCAGCAAUAUGCCAACUUCCAUGGAUGAUGAGAGAAAUCAAAUGGCAUGUGCCAUUUGUCUGACAAGUAGAAAGGAUUUGGCCUUUGGAUGUGGUCACAUGACUUGCAGAGACUGUGGAUCCAGGUUAACUAACUGUCCAAUAUGCCGUCAGAGGAUCACCAAUCGUCUGAGAGUGUUUUCUGGCUGACUGCAGAAUGGAAAACCAUGUACAAUAUGUAUUUUAACUAAAGAUAUGUUUGGACAAAUUUCUUUCUUAAUUGUUUGUUUAGAUAAAUUUUUCCAUAAGAAAAAUAAGAAAGCAAAAAGAAUUGAGUUUCUUUUAACUAAAAUCAACUUAUCUCUUCAACUCCUGACAAAGUUGGAUAAGAGAACUUGUAGAAGAGUUAAAGUAGGUAAGUUGAUGUAACAUAGGAAAGAAACUCAAUCUUUUGUGUAUGGAAAUAUUUGUCUGAAUAGGGUUAAGAAGAAAACUGUCUUUUGAACAUUGAUGGCUUGGUUUUGAAGAGUGCCCAAGAAUGAUCAUGGUGUUGCACAGAAAAGGUGGUUUGGUUUCACAUUGUGGUGAUGGUUUAGGUGUUAACAAAAUUGUUCAUGUCUUGUUAGUUGUUCAAUUUGCGCAUGAAUGUCUUCUGAAUUUGAAGAAACUUUAGUUGUUGUACAAUGUACAUAUUGUUUAUGUUGAAAUUUUAUGCAUGGUUA